UUCCAACACAAUUACUUUUUGGUAAAAAGUUGAUAAAGUUUUUUUCUUGACAUUACUUGUCGGAAAAAGCUGUUGAAAGUUUUUUUUUUUCUUUCUUGUUUACAUUACCCUAGGGGACAGAGUAGUAUAGUAAGACAAAGUUGUAUAAUCUGAAAGAUAACAAAACCUAUGACCAAGAAAACAAGAAGAAAAAAAAAAUGGUGAAUCAACCUCUGUAUUCUCCGAUCAAUCCACAUUUCUUCCAACCGCUUCUUCCCGGUUACUCGAAUCAUCUCGACAUUCCUGUGGCGUUCUUCUUGAAGCACUUAGUUGGAAGUAACGAAGGUAAAACAACGGCUGAGCUGAGAUCAGACGCAUCGGAGAAGAUAACAUGGAAAGUAAAGAUCGAUGGCCGGAGACUCUCUCACGGUUGGGAUGGUUUCGUCAUAGCACAUGAUCUACGAGUAGGUGAUAUUGUCGUUUUCAGACAUGAAGGAGAGUUGGUGUUCCAUGUCUCAGCUUUAGGACCAAGUUGUUGUCAGAUUCAAUACACAGAAGAUAAAAGAGAGAAGAAACAGAGUCUCAAAAGAGAGGCUGCAGAUUCUGAACCAGACCAUUCACUAGAUUCUUGUUUUGUCCUCACUGUCACUGCUUCGAACCUAAGGCGCGACACAGUGUAUCUUCCGAAAGGGUUCGCAAGGUCAAAUGGGCUGAUGAACAAGUAUCAGAUUGUUUUAAUAAAUGAAAAAGGUGAAUCAUGGACUAUAGACUUGAGACACGAGUUAAAUCCCUCAGUCCGGUUUAACAUGAGAAGAGGAUGGAGAAGUUUCUGUGUUGCUAAUGGGAAGAAACCUGGAGACUUGAUAGCAUUCAAAUUAGUCCAAAAUGAAGAAACACCUGUGCUCAAGUUGUUCCCCAUGGACAGUGAAGUUCCAGAAAUACUUGAGAACCUUCCAAGAAAGAGGAGUGGAAGAAGCGAAGUAGAUGAUUCACCAGACUGUUCUAGUUUUGUGGCAAGAGUCACAACUUCAAAUCUAUCCCGCGAUAGAAUGUAUCUUCCGAAGACGUUCAUAGAGUCAAAUGGUUUGUUGAAGAAAUUUCAGAUGCUUCUAAUGAAUGAAGAGGGAGAGUCAUGGAAGAUAGACGUGAAACACGAGGCAUAUUCAGGCCGGUUUUUAACGAUAAGAGGCUGGAAAAGUUUCUGUUUGGCUAAUGGUAAGAAACCCGGAGACUCGUUUACAUUCAAAUUAGUCGAAAAUGAUGAAGUACCUGUCCUCCGGUUGUUCCCCUUUAACAGUGAAGAUAGCCACAAAGUUGAGCCAAGUAAUGACACAAGGCAAGGAAAGUGUUUAAAGGCAACCAAAAAAGAGUUUCUUGGCGUAGAAGCCACAGAAAAAGAGUUUCUUGGCGUAGAAGUUCGCCGUAAUGACUCAACAGCUAGAGUUGAAGAACCUACCAAUGACGAUAGAAGGAAAGCUAUUAAACAAGAAUACGUUUCCACAAAAGGGAAUAGCUCAAGAAGCCAAAACCGACUUGUGACAUUAACACUUACACCUGCAAGUAAACUUAAUCUGCCGUUGGAAUUCAUGAAGGCUAUUGGAAUCAACAAAGCAGGGAAGAUAACAAUGGUUGACAGAUAUGGUGGAAGAUGGUCGACGCCACUACUGAUGGACAAGAGAUCAGGAACAAUGAGUUUAGGAAGAGGUUCAAAAGGCUUUUGUGAGAUUAAUGGCGUUAAGAUGAAUGAGUCUUUUGUCUUGGAAUUGAUUUGGGAAGACACAGUUCCUAUUCUCAAGUUUUGUUCCAAAGUUUGAGAACCAUAUAACUUAGAACGUUUUGUUUGAGGAUCAUCAACAGAAGUAGCUGUCCUUCCCAUCAAUGGAUUUAAUUUUAA